AUGGCGCACAGCGGUCGGUGGCGCUUCCCGGCCCGGCCCGGCAGCGGCGGUUGGGGUCGCCGCGGGCUGGGGGGCUGCCGCGUGCGGCUGCAGGAUGAGCAAUUUCUAGGUUUUGGUUCAGAGGAUGAGGCCAAAGGAACAAAUUCCCCCAAGUCCCUUGCAGUCAAAGCUAGUGCACGUAAACCUCGUGGGAGACCUCGGAACGGUUCAGACCGAAGUCCAGCUGCUCUACCAGAGUCCUUGCCAAUAUAUUCACUUUUAAGCAAGCCAGAACCUACAUCCAUGGAAAAAAUAAAAAGGAAAGAAUUUAAAAGUGGAGAAAAACGUCGAGGGAGACCUCCUGCUCUAACCAGUGUGAAAUUCAAGAUCAGCCAUAAAGAGUGCAUUCCAGAUACUCAGAAAGGAGGGAAGGAAGAAAAAGAGAAUGUAAAGAAAAUAAAGCGGGCACCAUCAGCUACCUUUCAGCAUGCUGCAAAAAUUAAGAAAUUAAGAACAGGCAAACUCUCUCCACUGAAGUCUCAGUUCAAAUCCGGGAAGCUCCAGAUUGGGAGGAAAGGGAUUCAGAUUGCCCGCAGGAGAGGGAGGCCGCCAUCUUCUGAUCGCUUGAAGACUAUGCCAGCUCUUGUAUGUUCCCAGUUGGAGAAAGUCCAGAGGGCACGAAAGGAGAGAGAGGGUGUACCAUCUCUCCCCAAAGAUGAAAAGCCAACAGUCAGACAGAGCCCUCGCAGACCAGUAAGGAUGAUUCCUUCUUGCAAGAGGACAGAUGCCACAAUUGCCAAGCAGCUCUUGCAGAAGGCAAAAAAAGGAGCUCAAAAGAAAAUGGAGAAAGAAGCAGCAAAGCUUCAGGGCCGGAAGGGGAGGACUCAGCUCAAGAACAUUCGGCAGUUCAUUAUGCCUGUAGUGAGUGCCAUCUCUUCACGAAUAAUUAAGACUCCCAAGCGUUUCAUUGAAGAUGAAGACUAUGACCCGCCAAUUAAAAUAGCACGCUUAGAGUCUACCCCAAAUAGCCGCUUCAGUGCUACCUCUUGCGAGUCCAGCGAGAAGUCCAGUGUCGCAUCUCAGCACUCCUCCCAGCUGUCUUCAGAUUCCUCACGGUCCAGCAGUCCAAGUGUUGAUACAUCCACAGAUUCACAGGCUUCUGAAGAGAUGCAGGCUCUCUCGGAAGAAUGCAUCGAUACUUCAGAAGUCCACCCGUCCCUGCCAGCAUCCACCUCCCCUGUGAACGAGGGUGCUGAGCAGAGGAGGAGGAGGAGGAGGUUUUCAAUGGCAGAAAAGAAUUUUGCCCCCAAAGCAGCUAAGAAAGUGCCCAGCCUCCAAAGCGUGUCUCAACAACAGUCUUCUCCUUCUUCUUCUUCACCUCCCCCCCCAUUACUCACCCCGCCUCCCCCCCUGCAGCCAGCAGCAGGCAUCUCUGACCAUGCACCGUGGCUCAUGCCUCCCACCAUUCCCUUGGCAUCACCCUUCUUGCCAUCUUCUUCUGCUACUCCUGUGCAAGAGAAGCGGAAGUCAAUCCUCCGAGAACCGACCUUUCGUUGGACUUCCCUGAAGCCCUCCCGCUCUGAGCCCCAGUACUUCUCCUCUGCCAAGUACGCCAAAGAAGGUCUUAUCCGCAAGCCGGUUUUUGAUAACUUCCGGCCGCCGCCCCUGACCCCAGAAGACGUGGGCUUUGCUGCUGCCGCGGCCAGCUUUACCCCUCCAGGGGCCACAGCUCCCACCCGCUUAUUUUCUCCUCUUCAUUCUGGAACAAGGUUUGAUCUGCACAAGAGAAGCCCCCUGUUGCGAGCCCCAAGAUUCACUCCCAGUGAGGCACACUCACGCAUCUUUGAGUCUGUCACGUUGCCCCCUUCGAUUAGUCGAAGUGCUGCAGGAAGCGCUACAGCAGCAGCUUCUUCAAGAAAACGGAAGAGGCGAGUUUUCAGCCCAAUCCGAUCUGAAUCGAGAUCUCCUUCGCACUCCAUGAGGACAAGAAGCGGAAGACUCGGCACCUCUGAGCUACCCACGCUCCCUCCAGCCUCCUCCGUCUCUUCUUCCCUAACUAGCAUUUCUGUAGGCUCCCUUACCACUAGUGCCUUAAACGCCACCACGUUCACUUUCCCUUCACAUUCCCUGUCCCAGACUGGGGAAGCAGCAGAGAAAGGUCAGAAGCCAAGGAAACAGACAAACCUUCCUGCCCAGCCAUUCUCAUCAGGUGGCACUGCUUCCCUUUUUCCUUGGUUUGCACCAAGUCACCAGACAGAGAGGACCAGAAGCAAAGACAAAGCCACCGAGGAGCUGUCCAAAGACAAAGAAAGGGACAACAGUCCUGAGAAAGAGAAGAGCCGAGAAAGAGAUAGAGAUAGGGAGAAAGAAAACAAACGUGAAUCGAGAAAAGAGGAGAAGAAGAAGAAGAAGAAGGCUUCAGAAAUUCAGAGCAGCUCUGCUUUAUUCCCGUCAACUCGAGGUUCUAAAGGAAAGGUUCUUGUGAGUGAAGAUGUAGCAACCUCAUCUUUUGCCAAAAAACCUACAGGACGGAGGAAACUAACUGUCACUGAUCCAGCAGCAGGUGUCCCUGCGGUAGUUCUUGUGGACUCAGUUAGCAUAAAGACCAAGUUACCCAAGAAAAGCCGAGGGGUCUUGGAGAAAUCAAAUGUGGACCUUGGCCUGGAAGCCUCGUCUGCAGAAAAGGAAGAACCUUUGCGCCUUCCUGCUGCCUCAGUUGGCAUUGUGAAACAUUCCUCCAUCAGCUCAGUAUUGGCUCAUGCUGAUAAGCUUCCAGUGACUGACAAGAGGGUGGCCAGUCUCCUGAAGAAAGCUAAGGCUCAGCUCUAUAAGAUUGAGAAGAGCAAGUCCCUCAAACAGGUGGAUCAGCCCAAAGGACAGGGUCAAGAGAGCGAUUCCUCAGAGACCUCUGUGCGAGGUCCACGCAUCAAGCAUGUCUGCAGGAGGGCAGCUGUCGCCCUGGGCCGCAAGCGAGCAGUCUUCCCAGAUGACAUGCCCACUCUGAGUGCCUUACCAUGGGAAGAACGGGAGAAGAUACUGUCUUCCAUGGGGAAUGAUGACAAAUCCUCUGUUGCUGGAUCAGAAGAUGCUGAGCCCCUUGCACCUCCCAUCAAGCCCAUCAAGCCAGUAACCAGAAGCAAGGUCCCUCAGGAGCCUCCAGUGAAGAAAGGCCGACGGUCAAGGCGCUGUGGGCAGUGUCCAGGCUGCCAAGUCCCAGAAGAUUGUGGUGUCUGCACAAACUGUCUGGAUAAGCCGAAGUUUGGUGGGCGGAACAUAAAAAAGCAGUGCUGCAAGAUGAGGAAGUGCCAGAAUCUGCAGUGGAUGCCAUCGAAAGCCUAUCUCCAGAAGCAAGCCAAAGCUGUGAAAAAAAAGGAGAAGAAAUCCAAGUCCGGUGAAAAGAAAGACAACCAUGUGGGGAAGAUUCAGGGGGAGUCAGGGCAAAAAGCAGCAGCUCCUCCUCUGGCUUUGGGAAAAGAGGAUCAGGCCUCCAAGAGAAGCAGCGAACCAGCCCGGAAGGCCAGUGAAGAAAAGAUAGAGGAAGGGCAGCUGCUGCCACCCAUCCUGGACCCCAAGCAGCCUCUUCCCUCUGCUACCCGGAAAGCUGGCAAACAAGCAUCGCCUGCCUUGCCCUCCAUCCAGCUGCCUAGCUUGGUCCCGCCCAAAAAGGAAGCCCCCAAAACUGUCCUGGCUGAACUCAAGAAAAAAAUAGCGCCAUCCCUGGAAGCAGCCAUUGAGCAAAACAGACAGAAGAAAAUCAUUCCACGUCCCAGCUUACCGAUGAAACAGAAAUCAAAAGAAAAGGAGAAGCCCCUCCCAGUCAGCAAGCCAGAGAAUAGCCCGCUCAAUACCCUGAGCACUUUAUCCAACAACACCCCUUCCAAGCAGAAGCCCCUGACAGAUGGGGUCCACAGGAUCCGAGUGGACUUCAAGGAGGACUGUGAGGCUGAAAGCGUUUGGGAAAUGGGUGGUUUGGGUAUCCUAACCUCCAUUCCGAUAACUCCCAGAGUAGUCUGCUUCCUGUGUGCCAGCAGCGGGAACGUGGAGUUUGUAUAUUGCCAGGUCUGCUGUGAGCCUUUCCACAAAUUCUGUUUAGAGGUUAAUGAACGCCCCCUGGAAGACCAGUUGGAAAACUGGUGCUGCCGUCGCUGCAAGUUCUGCCAUGUAUGUGGGAGACCGCAUCAGGCCUCCAAGCAAUUGUUGGAGUGCAACAAGUGCCGGAACAGCUAUCACCCAGAGUGCCUGGGACCGAACUACCCAACUAAGCCCACAAAGAAGAAGAAAGUGUGGAUUUGCACCAAGUGUGUUCGCUGUAAGAGCUGUGGGGCGACAACUCCAGGCAAAGGGUGGGAUGCACAGUGGUCCCACGACUUCUCUUUGUGUCACGAUUGUGCCAAACUCUUCGCUAAAGGGAACUUCUGCCCCCUCUGUGACAAGUGCUAUGAUGAUGACGACUAUGAAAGCAAGAUGAUGCAGUGUGGGAAAUGUGACCGCUGGGUUCACGCCAAAUGUGAAAACCUCUCUGAUGAGAUGUAUGAAAUCCUCUCCAACCUUCCGGAGAGCGUGGCUUACACCUGCAUUAAUUGCACUGAACAGCAUCCUCCUGAAUGGCGGCUGGCCCUUGAGAAAGAGCUGCAGCUUUCUUUAAAGCAAGUUUUGACAGCCCUACUGAAUUCUAGAACAACUAGCCACUUACUGCGUUAUCGACAGGCAGCCAAACCUCCUGACUUGAAUCCUGAAACAGAAGAAAGUGUACCCUCUCAAAGUUCUCCCAAAGGCCCAGACCCUCCCAUACUUACAGAGGUUGGCAAGCAGGAAGAACAGCCACCACUUGAUCUAGAAGGCGUGAAAAGGAAGAUGGACCAUGGAGGCUAUCCUUCUGUGUUGGAGUUCAGCGAUGAUCUUGUUAAGAUAAUCCAAGCAGCUAUCAAUGCGGAUGGAGGGCAGCCAGAACUCAAGAAGGCCAACAGUGUGGUGAAGUCCUUCUUCAUGAGGCAAAUGGAACGAGUUUUUCCAUGGUUCAAUGUAAAGAAGUCAAGAUUUUGGGAACCAAACAAAGUCACGGCAAACAGUGGAAUGCUGCCUAAUGCUGUCCUGCCCCCCUCCCUUGACCAUAACUAUGCACAGUGGCAGGAACGUGAAGAAAACCGUUGUGCUCAGCAGCAACCCUCUCUGAUGAAGAAAAUAAUUCCAGCUCCAAAACCCAAAGGGCCAGGAGAGCCAAACUCGCCUACGCCACUGCAUCUUCCUGCCUCACCCUUAUCCAGUUCCGACAGAAGCCAAGACGACAGCCCAGAACUUUCCCCUCCUCUGGAUGUGGAAGACAACCGGCAGUGCUCUCUUUGCCUGAAGUACGGUGAUGAUGGAGGCAAUGAUGCUGGCCGUCUCCUUUAUAUUGGUCAGAAUGAGUGGACCCAUGUGAACUGUGCCCUGUGGUCAGCUGAAGUGUUUGAGGAGGAGGAUGGCUCUCUGAAGAACGUGCACGUGGCCGUGAUUCGUGGGAAGCAGCUGCGAUGUGAGUUCUGCCAGAAGUCGGGUGCCACAGUCGGCUGCUGCCUGGCCACUUGCACCAGUAACUACCAUUUUAUGUGUUCUCGGGCCAAAAAUUGUGUCUUCUUGGAGGAUAAGAAGGUGUACUGUUCACGACACAAGGAUCUGAUCAAAGGGGAGAUAGUGCCAGAAAAUGGCUUUGAGGUCCUGAGAAGAGUCUUUGUGGAUUUUGAAGGAAUCAGCUUGAGGCGGAAGUUUCUGAAUGGUUUGGAACCAGAGAACAUCCAUGUGAUGAUUGGGUCAAUGAGCAUUGACUGUCUCGGCAUCCUGAACGACCUCUCUGAUUGCGAAGACAGGCUCUUUCCAGUUGGAUACCAGUGCUCCCGAGUUUACUGGAGCACAACUGAUGCUCGAAAACGUUGUGUUUACACGUGCAAGAUCAUGGAAUGCCGUCCUCCCCUCCUAGACUCCGACAUCAACAGCACCAUGGAACAUGAUGACAACCGGACCAUUAUUCACAACCCAGUGUCACUUUCAGAAAUUCCACCCAGAGAUGGCCAUGCAGCAUCAGCUGACCUGAACCCUCCCUCUGCAGAUCUUUCUCCACAUCCUCAGAACUUAAAGGCUCUGCGGAUCAGAACUCUGAGUUUUGCUCCUUCCCAGCGAACUCCUGGUUCAAGGCCGUUGCCUUCUGCAGGAAGCCCCACCCCUGUGACACAUGAAAUCGUAACCGUGGGAGAUCCUCUGUUGUCUUCUGGACUUCGUAGCAUUGGUUCCCGGAGGCCCAGCGCAUCUCUGUUUCCACAGCCACCGAGGUCUUGGAUGCUGCCUCCCACCGGAGUCAGGACCACGAAUGCUCAGCACAACAUCAUCUCUUCAGGACCCAGCAGGAGUCCUGUCCCAGAGCACACCGUGAGCAUCAAGCAUACCGAACGUUCUGUGGGACCGGCAGCCUUGCACGUUGCUCUCCAGGACACAUUUACCCCUUCCAGUCUGGCCAUCGCAAGCAGAGGAAGAGGAGCUCCUCCUCGGGAGGGAACCCUCUCCUUUGAAACUGUGCCUUCUGGAGGGCCCUUUUCUGCCAAGUCAGAGAAGGAGAAGCUGCUGAGCCUCCAAGAUCCAAGUGCUUCCUGUGGGAAUUCAAAAGCAGGCUGCCAUAGGCAAAGCAUCUCUGUCCCAGAAGGAAACCCAAGCAAGGGAGGGAAGUUCCCAGAAUCCUCUUCUGGACUGUUUUCUCCCAAAGAAUCUGUAGUUUCUGCACUGUUGCACCAGAAACCCCCAAAGAAGGAACAAGACCGGCAUCUAACACAGGCAGACAAAAAUUGCUUUUAUGAAGCCCCAGAAGCAAAGACCUCACCAUUUUCAGGAAUAAGUAAUCGAUCGCCUUGCAUGAACGAUCCAGUAUCUUCUGUGGAUAGAGAGAGUAGACAAAAAAUGAAGAAGGGGACAAAAGAUAGGCAUUCUAGCAAGCUUUUUAGAAGUUUAAGUGUCCUCCCAAGUAGCCACAAAGAAUGUGCAGAGACAGAAUUUGUUCAUCGGGCAAUGACAUCUGAGCAUAUUAAUCAGCAAUACAACAGCAUUGCUGUUGAGAAACUCAUUGACAAUAAUCUGCUUGGCCAGGAGACAUCCAAAGCUUCUUUCCAGAGUGAAAUGGCCACCUCCAGGGAUUUGCAGAAUUCACAAAAGCGCACAGUGAAAGUAACCCUGACUCCACUCAAGAUGGAAGGUGAGAAUCAGUCAAAAAAUGUUCAGAGAGAGCAUGAUGCAGAAUCUCAACCUAAGGUUUGCACACCAGCUUCUGUGUCCCAGUCUGUUUCCAUCCCAGAGCACUUAGGAAAUGACGGUAGUGUCCCAGAAACUCAAAAUUCUGCUUCCUCCUCAAUGGCCCCAACCGAUCCCCCUUAUCCAAAUCUGCCUGUUCAAGAUAGCGGCUUGAUGAUCCAGGAUGGAGCAAAAGAACAGGAAGAAGGCUCCUACAAGCGGCGAUACCCUCGGCGUAGUGCGCGCGCCAGAUCCAACAUGUUUUUUGGUCUGACCCCUUUGUAUGGUGUGAGGUCAUACGGUGAGGAAGACCUUCCCUUCUACAGCAACUCCACCGGCAAGAAGAGAGGCAGGCGGUCUGCUGAAGGCCAAGUAGAUGGUGCCGAUGAUCUCAGCACCUCAGAUGAAGAAGACCUCUAUUACUACAACUUCACCCGAACCGUUGUCUCAAGCUCAAAUGAGCACAUGACUUCUCAUGGUUUAUUCCGUGAAGAGGAACAGAUCAGUCUCCCCAAAAUCUCUCAGCUGGAUGGUGUGGAUGACGGAACAGAAAGUGAUGCAAGCAUCACUGUAACAACAAGGAAAAUCAAUUCAGGAAACAAAAGGAACGGCAAAGAAAAUGGAACAGAAAGCUUAAAACUUGAACGAAGUGAAGAUAGUGGGGAGAAAAUGCAAGUGACCAAGAGUUCAGUUGGUCAUAAAACAGCUGAUCCCAAAAUGGAGAAUUGCCGGGUCAAAACUCAAGAUUCUUUGGAAGCUCAGCUGAGCUCCCUAGAAGCUGUUGGUCGUCGUCCUCGUGUCAAUCCAGAGCCCUCUGAGAAGAACCUGCUUGAUACAUUCAGCACAGAACUGCUGAAGUCCGACUCCGACAAUAACAACAGCGAUGAUUGUGGGAACAUUCUUCCUUCAGACAUCAUGGACUUUGUCCUGAAAAACACUCCGUCGAUGCAGGCCCUGGGGGAGAGCCCGGAGUCGUCAUCCUCGGAGCUCCUGACUCUGGGAGAAGGUCUGGGCCUCGACAGCAAUCGGGCCAAAGAUAUGGGUCUCUUUGAAGUGUUUUCUCAGCAGCUGCCAACAGCCGAGCCAGUAGAUAGCAGCGUCUCAUCGUCAAUUUCGGCAGAGGAACAGUUUGAGCUGCCCUUAGAGUUGCCUUCUGAUCUCUCGGUCUUGACUACCCGGAGCCCUGCAGUCCCCAGUCAGAACCAUGGCAGACUUGCAGUCAUUCCAGAACCUUCCCUUGCCACCUCAGGGGAGAGAUCAAUGUUAACUAUCCCUUCCUCAGAUUCUGCUGAGAAGAGGGUAACGGUCACUGAAAAGGCUUCCUCUGGUGAAGCAGAGCCAACAUUGCUAAGCCCACGAGUGGCUCCAAGCCCUGAUGGCCCUCUGACUCCUGACCCUUUCAUUCAAAGUCAUCUGGAAGCAGAGCACAUGGCCAGCCCGCCCUGUGGACCGAGGGAUGCUGGUCUCGGGGCGGGCCAAGACCUGUCUGGCAGAAGCAGUGGGACCCCUGGCCUCCCUGUUUCCCCCUCUCUUCCUCUCCAGAAUCCCAAAUAUGGGCCAAGUGCCCCCGACAAGCCUGGCCCAUCUCCCAUCUCGAACGCUGCUGUGCAGACAGCCCCUCUCCACCUGAAGGCUGCUGCAGAAAAGCUCUUGGUGGUCAACCAGAAUAUGCAGCCCCUGUAUGUUCUUCAGACACUGCCCAAUGGCAUCACCCAAAAGAUUCAGCUGACCUCCCCUGUCAGCCCUGGACCAGCUGGGAUGGAGGCUGGAGCUUCUGUGCUUGGCCCAAUGGACACAGCCAGCCUUGCGCUGGCCGCAGGCCUGAGCCCCGGCUUGCCCUCUGCCAGGCCUCUCUUUCCUGUGGCCAGCAAAGGCUUGCUGAACAUGCCCCAUCAGCAGCAGCACUUGCAUUCCUUUUCGGCCAGCUCCUCCGGCAGUGGCGGCAGCAGCUUCCCGGCAGCCCUUGGCAGCUCUGCCUCGGGCCUUCUGAUUGGGGUCCAGCAGCCGCCUGACCCCGAGGCGAGUCCAAGGGCAGAUAUUGGGCCUGCAGUCACCCCCCCUCCCACUGGCCUCAGCAAGAAGCGGUCCAUUGCACGCCUGCACUCCCGGAGGGCCAAGAAGCUAACUCCUUCUGCUGUUGCUCCUUCUGACCUGGCCUCCAUGAACUUUCCUCGCUCCUCCCCACCCGGCCUGCUUGAUCUGGGAGCUGCGUGCCCGCGAACUGCGCCCAGGAUGAUCAAGCGCUCCAAGCCAGAGCUCAUGUACUUUGAGCAGGCACCUCUGUUGCCCCAGGAAGGGGGGACAGCUGCUGCAGAGGCAGCCCUUGGAGCGUCUCCCAGCAUAACUGGGCCAAAAUCUGGCCACCUCGCCUCCCCUCCAUCUGAGCUGAAUGUGGCCCCCCUGCCAUCCCCGGGCCCAACGAUCCCGCCCCACCUGUUGGGACAAGGGGGCUCUGAUGUGCCAGGCAUUUCGGAUAUGAGCUCCCUCAGCAGCCUAUUAAUCAAAGCCACUCGACAGGGGCUGAGCCUCACGGAGCAGCCUGCUUCAGUGCCGCCAGUGGCUUCCAGUAUGUUCCCGUCGCAUAAGGAGGUCUCGUUGGCCCAGUCUGCUUCUGCGGGGCUGGCAACGACUGCUGUAGCAACCGGCAUCUCUGUCUUACCUUCCUUGAAGACCGUGGGCAUGUCUGCUGAUCCUGGAAGCUCCUACCAGGCUGAGCCUCUCACACAGCUUCCGGCGUGCAAAUCUGGGCCGGCCCCACCUCACCUGGACAUCCCUCCUUCACAGGCAACUCCUCUUUCAGACUUUCCCCAGCUGAUGGAUACGGUAGCCGUGGGACGAAACAGACCGGCCCCCUGUGCCCCCACAGCCUCUCCUGGGAGCUCACCUUCCACUGUGCUGGGCUCCACCAGGGCCAAAGUCAAGCGCUUGUCGACCUCUUUGGGCAGCAAAGGAUCCGGGAAGAAACCCAGGGUGCCUCCAUUCUGGAACACUUUCCCUGGCCAGUGCGCUCCACCACAAGGCAGGAAGGUGGCAGCCCAGGACCCAGGCGGAGGGCAUUUACAGCCUCACCCACAACUGCAGCCAACGCCGUCCACUUCAAACGCGUUAGAAUGUGCAGAUUCCAGUGCUGAGGAGGAAGAAGAGGAAGAGGAGGAGGAGGAGGAAGAAAGCAGCUUUAGCUCCCCCCUCAUGUUCUGGCUGCAACAGGAGCGAACACGGAAAGAAAGCCUUGCAGAGAAGAGGCCCAAGAAAGGACUGAUUUUUGAAAUCUCCAGUGAUGAUGGCUUCCAGAUCUGUGCAGAAAGUAUUGAAGAAGCCUGGAAAUCCUUGACAGACAAAGUUCAAGAAGCUCGGUCAAAUGCCCGCCUGAAACAGCUUUCCUUCGCAGGUGUGAGUGGGCUGCAAAUGCUGGGCAUUCUCCACCAUGCUGUCGUGUUCCUGAUAGAGCAACUCUGUGGAGCCAAGCAUUGCUCCAACUACAAGUUCAGGUUCCACAAACCAGAGGAGGCCAAGGAGCCUCCCGUGAACCCCCAUGGCUCUGCCAGGGCUGAAGGGCACCUCAGGAACUCUGGUCUUGACAUGUUCAACUUUCUGGCUUCUAAACAUCGCCAGCCCCCACAGUACAAUCCCAACGAUGAGGAGGAAGAGGAGGUGCAGCUGAAAUCUGCCCGGAGGGCAACCAGCAUGGAUCUUCCGAUGCCCAUGCGCUUCCGACACUUGAGGAAAACCUCCAAGGAGGCAGUUGGGGUUUACAGGUCUCCUAUCCACGGACGGGGCCUGUUCUGCAAAAGGAACAUAGAUGCAGGGGAGAUGGUGAUUGAAUAUGCUGGCAAUGUGAUUCGCUCCAUAUUAACUGACAAACGUGAGAAAUAUUAUGACAGUAAGGGCAUCGGCUGUUAUAUGUUCCGUAUUGACGACUCGGAAGUCGUGGAUGCCACCAUGCAUGGGAACGCAGCGCGCUUCAUCAACCACUCCUGUGAGCCCAACUGCUACUCCCGAGUCAUCCACAUCGACGGGCAGAAGCACAUUGUCAUCUUUGCCAUGCGCAAGAUCUACCGUGGUGAAGAGCUCACUUACGACUACAAGUUUCCCAUUGAAGAUGCCAGCAACAAGCUGCCCUGCAAUUGCGGCGCCAAGAAAUGCCGGCGGUUCCUCAACUGAGCAGCUGAGCUGACCACAGCCAAGGCCGGAGGACAGCAGGGUGCUGGGGCCCUCCACAGCCACAGAUGUGCU